GUUGAGGACCCGAGAGACGGACUGGAAUCACCGCAGGGCCCAUAAUACAGACUGAAAGUGCGUAGCUCAACAAACGGCUGGUCAUCAUGGCACUGGAUGGUUGUGGACUCGUUUGCAAAUAUGUCCUUGUCAUUUUCAACAUCAUCUUCGCGCUGGUCGGAAUGGCCUUCUUGGGAUUCGGCCUGUGGCUGAGGUUCAGUUCCAACACCAGAGGAAUCUUCUCGAUAGAAGACCUCAACUCCAGUGCUUUUGUCAUCGGUGUGACUGUGCUGAUACUUAUGGGUUCCGUGAUGCUGAUUGUGGUCACGUUUGGUGACUACGGUGCGUGCAGCGAGAAAAGAUGUGCCCUGCUAGUGUUCACUGCCCUGGUGGCCAUGCUGGCUCUCGGGGAGGUCAUCAUCGGCGUCCUGGUUUACUCCAAGAGCGAUGAGGUUGCGGCGAGCGUAGGGGAGUUUUACGCCAGCUUGUACACUCUGUAUGUGGCCAGCGGAGACCCAGCCAUCGCUGUCAGCCUCACCUUCAUCCACAACGCACUCCACUGCUGUGGGCUCACUGGGAUCUCUCUGGUGGAGAUGGUCCAGAACACCUGUCCCAAACCAGAUGGCUUCCUGGAGAAGAUAAAGAUGCCGAGUUGUCCCGGGACCAUCUCGAGUGUGUUCGACAGCAAGGCGCCGCUGGUGAUGGGAAUGUUCCUGGGAACCGGAGCUCUUUUGAUCUUAGCUCUGAUUUGCAGCGCAAUCCUUAGUGCAAAGAUCCGCCAGUCCACCUCAACUCCUCAGUACAUUGUCCUGACUCACACUCCUGCCCUGGCUCCACCUCAGCCACCUCAGCAUGACUUUGCCUCCCACUCGUACCCCGUCCAGGACCCCGUGGUUUUCACGCCACUCUCUGUGGUCAACGUCCCUGUGCCGCAAGUUUAAUGUGUUCAUAUGCUUCAUUCCUGUGUUGCCUUUAUCUUACAAUACUCUGGUAUAGAAAACAAAUCAUUUACUUAUCACGAUCAUACAUCCUCGGCAUUCUUUAAAGGAGAAAUUAAGUGUAAAGAUGACAUCCGUCCAAAGGGCUUCAUUUGUUCAUUCCUAAAAUAAGCCACAACAUUUGCUCGUCUCUCAAAAGCUCGUAAGAAAAAGGGCCAUUAAAACUAAUUUUGAGACUACCAGAUGUUCGGACUUAUCUCAGCGCUGUAACCCGGUUCUGAGCACUUUGUUACUGCGUUGCUUUGAGAGACGUCUGCACUAGUGUGACGUCACAGACCCAUCUGUCUCGUCGUCUCCGCGUCUCAUUAUGCAGCAUUCGCUGGUCCUUGGAAGUGUGAAGCUGUAACGCUGAUUUCUAAGGAGCCAGAUCCCUCAGAGGAAAGAAAGGGAGGGUGGAGUCGAAUCUGACUCCACCCCUAAAACUAGCUGCUAAAGAAAGCUGUGCUAUCAAGGGACAUUGUGUCAACAUUUGAUAAAGGGAAUUCUCUCCUUUAAUGUUUGCCAUCUCACGAGUGGUUAAAGCCCCCCCUCCCCCCGUCUCUCUUCACUUUCAUUUUGGUCUUUUCCUCUGAAACUGCAGAUUUCUCUCAAGUAUCUUCAUCUCCAGCUAACAGGGUUUUCUGUCCUUCACACGUCUACUUAUUCCUCACUGCUCACAUGGCUUAUCUCCUGCACACAUGCUUUUUAGGUAGCUUGCGUUUGGUAGCGGGCGCUGGGAGCGAGGCUUCUUUGACACCGACUCAUUCUGCGGCUGGUUUUAACAGUGUGCGGCAACAAGGAGGUGGAAGCAGGCCGUUUGCUGCUCCGCUCCUUGUCCCAUCCCUGCUCUUUACUUCCCCUCCUUCUGUGUCUGCAUGACAGAUUACUGCCCUGGUGUGCGCCUGCGUCCUUCUGAAACAAAUCAAGAAAAACCAGCAGGAGGUCUCCACCUACUAUUCAGCUGUGUACUAAGAAUAGGAGGAACAGGGUUUUUGACCCUCGCCCUCCUCACAGACCAUCGUUGGAGACAAUAGCAGACCAGUGUUUAUUUUCCUCUGUGUGCAAACUUUUGUUUGGAGUUUUAAGCCAUGUUACGCUUUUUUUUUUUUUAACAUUUUAUUUUUUUAUAUAAAUGCAAAAAGCAUCACAUCUGGAAAAAUAAAGACUGUUUAAUGUAAAAGCCUGGUAGGGCUCCAAAUUCUGGGGAGAGGUAUACUUAAAUCUGAGGAUGCAAACAUCUUCCACACCUUUUUAACAUUUCCACAAGCAUUUCACACCAACCGCAAGCCAUUAAUACUUGGUGUGUGGCACAAGUUACAGCUUUGUUCGUCAGGUUUUGUGAAUGUACUCUUGGCUGCUGCUGCAUAUAGACCACCGUCAAAUGUGUCAAAGUUGGGGAGAGUUAAAUUACAAUAUGAGCUUAUAACUCCUUUCUGUGAAGUUGUAAAAACUCAAGACACCUUGACUUUCUUCAUACCAGCCGUCAUGUACAUUAAGGAUAAAAAGACCUUUUAAUAUGCUAGUUUUGGAGAAGUUGCAUCUUAUUUAUGAUGUGCACGUUAAGAAAAAAAAAAGAAAAAGCACCUUCUGAGAGAUUUAUAGACUUGUCAAGAGGAUUGAGUUUUAAACUGCUUUAUUUUAUUUUUGUAUUCUUUGUCACUGCUAGCUGUAAGUUAUGUCUUUCUGCAACUGCUGAUUUAAAUGGAGAAAUAGGUGUUUCAUUUUACUGUCAUUCCCUUAUGUUUGAUUUUUGUAAAGACACAGCUGAAUGCCUUAAAACUGCUUUUUUUAAAUUAAGUCUUUAGUCCCAACUACUGCAUUGUAUUAGUGUUACGUUUACAAGUUUUUAACCCAGGUAGUGGUGUGUGUGUGCAUGUUUUCAUAAAAGUUAUAAAAACGA